UCAUCAAUAAAAAUAAAACAAAUUAUUUUUUUUUUAUUUAAUAUAAUAAUAAAAAAAGAAGCAAAUAAAAAAGUUAAUAAUAAAAACAAAAGAAGAAAUCAAGAUAAAAAAAAUAAUUGAAUUGGGAAAAUGGGGAUAAUUUUAUUCUUCAUGGUGUUAUUACUGCACCAGUCAACAACACAUCCUUCAAUACAAUCAGCAAAUAAUAAAGAUAUACGACGACAAACAACCGAACAUGAUGACAUAAAGGAUAAAGAAAAUGGAAAACAAAUAAUUGGAUCAAGUAACGUUCCUCCAUCUGUGUCAGUAAUUUUAAAUGGCGAAGAACCACAAUUUACGGAUGCAGUUGGUCAACCAAUUCCAAAGCCUCAAAUACCUCUACAAGUAGCUUCACCAAUUAAUUUACUGAAUCCAGAUCGAUAUGAAUUUUAUACUUUUGAUGAUAAUGGCCAAUUAGUAAAACGUUUGAUGACAAUAAAGGAAAUUCAAAGUAUUGUUGCCAAUGGAGAUGGAGAAGGUGCAACUGUGCUUCAUAAUUCAGAAAUUGAUGAGAGUGACCCAGAAAAAAAUGUGCAAGAUAUUGUUGCUAGUGUUCAGCAUGUUCUGCAUAAACAGGUUGAAGAAAAUAAGAAUUCCUCGGAACAGCAACAACAAAGUAUAAUGCUAGAUACACCUGAUGUUUCUUCGUCAUGGUCAAUGAUACUUCCAGCUAUUUUUGGUAAUACAGGUGGCGAUAUAUUUCCACAAAAUCGACCACAACAAGUUGUAAUGACACCAGAUUCAGACGUUGUUGAGCCUACUAAGCCAUCAAAACGAAAACAGAAACCAAAACCAACCAAGCGAAAAACGACAACGACAACUGAAAUACCUUCCUCCUCCUCCUCUCUGGAAAAUGUAAACGAAGUGCCUGCAUCAAUCGCAAUGGAAAAUAUUAAGCCAUUAUUCAAUAGAAAUGAAAUGAAAACUGAAUCUUCAUCGACAGACAGCACUAAAACUUCAAUAACAACUCAAAAAACGACCACCACAUCAAUAUCUAGUACUUCAACAAAACGUAAAACUAAACCCAAACCUACGAAAACUCAAAAUGUUCAAAUUAAUGAAACAACAACAAAAAAAUCUAGUUCUAAAAGAAAGCCUACGACUACAAGAGAACCAACAGUAGUAACGACCAAAGAUAGUGCAGUCACAAUUCCCACGACCAAAAAGGCGACCACUAAACGUAAACAUACUACCAAAACACCCUCCACUGUUACAUUAGAAUCAGCUGUAUUAAACUCUCAACAACCAAUAAAUAAACAUAAGACAAAUGCGACUAGACUUCCUACAGUUUCUAAUAUGUCUCCAGGGAAUAAAUUAACUCAAACAGCACCAACAAAAUCUCAAACUAAACGUAAACCUACUAAAACAACCUUGCGUCCAACAUCCUCAAGUAUUAGCAUAACUAAAUCUCAGCAUUCAACAAGUGUUUCCGUUAGCUCAACUACAUCCCAUACCACUCAAAAAAUUCAACCAUCUUCGCUUAAAAAGAAAAUACCAACAACAACCACUCUCCCAGUUGCUUAUUCAGUAUUAUCAACAACUCCAAAAAAGAAAACCGUAACAAAAACUACAACUGCAGCAAAUACUACAAAGAGAAAUAAAAACAAAAAUAAAAUAUCAACUACAGUGUCUCCCAAUUUAGGUUCUCAAUUCAAUGACAGCCCUACAAAAGUAGUGAGUGACGUAUCUCAAGCCAUUAAAUCAAAACCCACUGAAAAAAUUUCAAUUACAUCGACAAGCACAAGUAAUAACUUACCAGACACAAAUGAAAUACGUCAACCUUCAUCAUCAACUCCUUCCAUAUCUUAUGAUAUGUUAAGUGGACAAGAUGCCGCCACAACUUUAAGUUUAAACGCAAUAAUGAAUUCCCUCACUCAACCUCAAAAUGAUAUAAAAACACAAUUAUUGCUUGACAAAUUAAUGGAUAGCUUAAAGGAUGAUGCCGCAUUGGACCAGCAAAUAAAAAAUUUAACAAAUAAUAACGAUAUGGUAACUACAACUCAUAAAGUUAGUCCAACUUCAUCAACUCCAAUGUCCGAAUUUGAAACUACGACAUUUAAUUUCAAAGAAGAAACUACACCAUAUAGUGACGACCUGUAUAAGGAGAAAUCUAAAGACUCUACGACUAUUUUACCAAUAUCAUUAAAUGAAAGUCUUGUUGAAUUGCAAAAUGGGGAAAAUAUUGUAAGAAUCGAACCAUUAUUUGCGGAACUUCUAGAUCCAAUUCUGACAGAUUUAACAACAACCGAAAAUCCAGAUUUAACCACUACUGAAAAUAUUUUGGGGUCAGAUACAACCUCAUAUGAGUCACCUGAAUACACAGAGUCCAUUCAAGAAAAUGAUGCAACACGAUUCGAAAAUGUUAAUAAUUAUGUUGAAUCAUCAACAGGGUCAAGUGAAUUUUCGCAAAAGGUUGACGAAUUUAUAAAUGAAAAUCUGGACACAGCUGAGACUGGUGUACCAAUCAAAGAAUUCACUAAUAAGUUAUCAGACUCCCAAACUCUUACCCAUUCUGAUUCUAAAUACGCUAUGUCUGAUUUCAUUAAGGAUGCUGCAACAGUUGCUUCAAUUUUAGAAGAUAAUACUAAAAAACCUAUUUUAGAGACAAGUAGCAGCAACGAGUUUAAUAAUUCGGAAGAAAUUAAAUCUCUUUUAACGGAUGUUAUUUCUCAAAUGACAAAUAAUCCAACAAUGACACGAACACCUUCAACAUCAAAACCUAUCAAUUUUACAAGUCCAAUAUUUUACGCAAAUCAACCACUAAAUCAAAAGCAAUCUUAUAUACAAAAUAAUAAGAAUUCACUUAAUAUGGCUUUAGCAUUAGAAUCGGAAACAAAUGAGCCACCGUCACAAGAAUUAACCCCACAAUCAAAUUCCAAUGACAAAUUUCAUGAAAUGGAAACACUAUCCUUGCAAUUGAAUAAACUGAGCAACGAAAGUAGAGAAAACUUCGAUGAAAAUAUACAUGAUAUGAAUAAUAAUAACAAAUUGCAAACAAUUUCAACAACAUCAAUGGAAAAUUCUGCCUUGAAUGAUGAUGAAAAUGACUCUGAGAUUGAUGUUGCAAAUGAUGCUAAUAAUUUAGAUAACAUUAAAUUUCCAAAUAUAAAAAAUACCACUUCUGAUACAGUUACAGAAAAUACUUUUAGUGAAAAAUCUAAGGAGAAUAUAAAUAAACCGUCAGAUUUUACAAAACCAGAUAUUUUGUUGAGCACUCCAGUCACCACAAAGGAUGAUACAAUUCUUAUAACAACUCUUAUGGCAUCAAUGGCUGCAGGUUCAGUUAUGGCAACAACAUCACCAAUACCAUUUGAAAAUACUCAAAUAUCUGAUAAUAUAACUGAAGCGUUCACUAAUAAGGAUAAUCUUAACUCUUUAGAAAUUUCGCAGCAAGAUGCAAGUUUAUUUAGCAAAGAAAAAGACAUGACAACGGUACCAAGCUUUACGUUAGAUGAAAAUAGUUCUACAAGUACUGAAGUGGAUAAUAAUAAUAGUAGUGAAAGCAAUAUUAAUGAAGAAGAUAAUAAUGAGGGAGAUGACGUUCCGACACAAAGUAAUAGUUCAAUAGAAGAUAAAACUACAAUGAUGUUAUCUCAAGAUAAUAAUGUUAACAUAUUGCAAGAAACCACAGAGUUACCAUUACAUGUAACAACUAUCUUUUAUAGUGAUGAAAGUACUGAUUCAUCAACAGAAACCAAAAAUAUAUUGAAAGAACAAGAUGAUAAAGAUGAUAAAAGUCACGAAACGAAUAUUGACGAAAAUAUUACAAUGAGACCCUCCACGUAUUAUAACGAAAGUGAUGAAGAUGUUAUGAUGAAUAAAAGCAGCCCUGACGAAAGUGAUGAGUCUUUAGAAUAUUCUAAUGAAAUGUCAACUAUUAAAGUGGCUGAUAAUGAUAGCAUAGAAGCAUCACUUGAAUCUAUAACUAUAGCUGAAAAUUUAGAUGAUGAUAGUUCAGAAGUGUCAACAACUAUUGAAAAUAAAACGGAAAAAAAUUCUGAAAUAAAUGAUUUACUAUCCAACACAAUGAUCCAUAUGGUAUCACAGACACCAAUAAAACCAACACUAGCGCAGAAACAUUCAGAAACUGAAGAAUCGUAUGUGAAACUUGGUGAAUCAACAAAACCUAUGGAGGAAAAAGUUCAGGUAACCGAAAACCCAGAGCAUAAACCAUUAACAAAUGAUGCAGAAUACAAUAAAUAUGAUAACAUCAUCCAGUCAACAACAAAACGUGUUCCAAGUACCUUGAAACCAGUUCAUUAUUUCAAACCUCCAAUCACAUCAACAUCAGAUCAAAAACACACAUUGUAUAAUGCAACUCAACAACGACCUAUUAUAAGACCACCAGCUUUGAGUAAUUUGAAAGUAACGCAACUAAGUCAAGUUACCCGACCUCCAGUGAAAUUGGAUCCAACACCAGAAAAAUCACUUGGGUUAGAAGCAAGUGUAAUGGAUUUACAAGAAGAUAUUCAAGAAUUUGCACGGCUAUGUAAUGAAUUAGCUUUCAGUUACUGGAGAUCCAUAACAUCUGAGAAAAUCAGUUCUGCAAGAAGCCUUGUAAUUUCACCGUUUGCCUUAACUUCGAUGUUGUCUAUGGUAUUUUUAGGUGCACGGGGUAGUACUUCUGGAGAAAUGAAUGAAAUUUUACGUCUUGAUGACAUGGUGACAUUUAAUCCCCAUUUAGUUUUUAAAAAUAUAACAGAAUCAGUUGAACGUGCUAAAGAUAGUGGAAUUGCUUCAAGUGCUUUUGUUCGUGAGCUUUUCAGUGAUCGAAAUAAUGGGAAAAUUUUACAAUUCUUUAAAGACAAAGUACAUCAAUUCUAUUCUGGUCAUGUUGAAGAAGUGAACUUCAAUGUUGUUAAUGAUAUUAUCCGUAGGAGAACAAAUCUUUUAAUAAAAAGACAUGCCAAUGGAAAAGUAAUGGAAUAUCUUAGAACAAAUAGCGUUUGGGUAAAUGGACCUUUAUCAACAGUCUCAGCUAAUUUAUUCCAAACUGAUUGCUCUAAAGCAUCAACAAUUGAUAGAGAUGGAGAAAUGUUUUUCCAAGUUAGUCCAUCUGUUCGUCAAAGAAGGCUGAUUCCUAUUCCAGCAGUUGUUUACAGGAAUGGUUUUACUGCUGGUUAUGAUUCUGAACUAGACGCAACUGCAGUUGCAUUCGGUAGUGCAGAUGAAACUGUAAGUACAAUUUAUGUAAUGCCAGGUCAACACGGACUUGCUAUGCCUGGUGAUAAUUUAGAACAUUUGGAAAAAAAUUUAAUGACAAAUGGAAUUUCAAAAAAUGCAUGGACUCAUUUAUUAACUUCGUUAAUGGAACGACCUGGAUUAGAAAUACAAUUGCCGAGAUUUUCACAUAGAUCAUUCAUAAAUGCUUCCUUAGGAUUACAAAAAUUGGGGCUAAAGGCAUUAUUUAAUUCAGAUGAAGCAGAUUUAAGAGGAUUAACUGGAUCAUCACAAAAAGAUAUUCACUUGGCUGAUAUGAUUCAAAUAAAUACAUUUAGUACAUGCGGUGAAGAAAAAAUAUCUGAUCAUCAUCAUAUAGAAAUGUAUCCAGCUCCACCUUUACGUAAACGUAAUUCUGAUUUAUCAGAAUAUGAUUCAGAUGAUCAAGCUGCAUUAUCUGAAAUGCACAUUGAUUUUGGAUCAAUUGUGCAAGAUGCUGGACGUAGUUUAUAUGAUGAUUUAUUAGAUCCAAAAUAUUUAGAAGUUCCAUUGCCAUUAAGACCAAGGCAAGCCAGAAUUCCAGAUUCUCCACGGUUACGGCUUGAUAAACCAUUUAUAUAUUUUGUUAGGCAUAAUCCAACUGGUAUGAUAUUAUUUAUGGGCAGAUUUAAUCCACGAUUACUACCGUAAAAUUGAAGAUUAUUAUAUUAGGUUAGAAAUUAUAAUAUUUGUAUUUAGUUUACGAAAACCUAUUUUUAACUUUUACUUAGAUAAAACUUAAAAUGAAAACAAAUAAAUUUAAAUU